AUGAGGAUUCAUACUGGAGAGAGCUCAUUCGCCUGCCAACAGGGUGGACACAUUUUCAGUCAAAAAGAAAGUCUUAAAGUCCACAUGAAAAUUCACAUUGGAAACAAGCCAUUCAUAUGCUCUCAGUGUGGAAAGAGUUUUACAGAGAAAAAAAACCUUAAUUCCCACAUGAUAACUCACACUGGAGAGAGACCUUACACCUGCAAACUGUGUGGGAAGAGUUUCACACGUAACGGAAACCUUAAGACUCACAUGAGAAUUCACACUGGAGAGAAUCCAUUUGUAUGUGAACAUUGUGGAAAGAGUUUUACGCAGAAAAAACAACUUUAUGCCCACAUUAGAAUUCACACUGGAGAGAAGCCAUUCACCUGCCCUCAGUGUGGUAGGAGUUUCACACGUAAAGAAAAACUUAAGACUCACUUCAGGACUCACACUGGAGAGAAACCGUACACAUGUGAUCAGUGUGGAAACAGUUUCAGAUAUAAAGAAAACCUUAAUAAUCACAUGAGGAUUCACUCAAGAGAGGACCGUUUUAAAUGUCAUCAGUGUGAAAGUAGUUUCAUAGAGAGGGAACAUCUUAAGGGCCAUGUUAAAAUUCACAUUGGAGAAAAGCCUUUCAUGUGCCACCUCUGUGGAAAGAGUUGUUCAAGAGAAGGUCACCUCAAGACUCAUCUGAGAGUUCACACUGGAGAGAAACCUUUCACCUGCCCUCAGUGUGGAAAGAGUUUCAGGGUUAAAGGAAACCUAAAGACUCACAUUAGAAGUCACACCGGAGAGAAGCCGUUCACAUGUCAUCAGUGUGAAAUGAGUUUCUCAUAUAGCACAGAGCUGAAACAUCAUUUGAAAACUCAUUCUGGAAUAAAAUUGCAAUUUUCCACACUGUGAAAACAAGUUUAGAAAAAGCAAAUGUGAGACUUUGUUUGUGUCCUUUAUUAAAG